AUGAUCAGCAGAGCCAUAUGUCCCGUUGCCUGCAUGGGACGCCUGACAAUCAGCAGAGACAUGCAUUUUCACCUCCAUUGCUUGCCUUUCGUUUGGGUGCUGGACGACACUCAGCCUCUUGACCGGCUGCUUAUGCCGGAGAAGAUAACGACGUUCGAAAGGAGAGAAGACGCCCCGGUUUUGUUCAAGAAUCAAGAACUGAAUACCGAGGCUCAAGACCCUCUUGUUCAAGAAUCAAGAACUGAAUACCAAGGCUCAAGACCCUCUCGAAAGAACCAAAGACAUAUUCUGAGGACCGAACGAUGGACGCGGGGACCGGGACUAGAAGGAACAGGCUGGCAGAGGACAUGUAUGGAUGGCAAGGGAAUAGAACGCGUUGACAAAGAGCUCUGUGGUGCAGUGCGACAAGACUCAACAGUUGGGAUCCUGGAAAAUUGGUUGACUGCUGGCAAGGAAACGAUGCCGUUCGAUUCCGAGGCUAUGCCAAUGAAAGCAUAUCGUCCAGGAUGGAGGUUGAAAACUAUGGAUGGCUAA